AUACUUUCGAGGGAACAUCCAUCCCAAAACCUCUCCGCACUAAAUAACACUCCCUUUCCUUUCCUUCAAAAAGCCCGCAUAAAAAUGGCCUGGCUCUCUCACGCUAUUUAUCUUCCCCCGGCCGGAGGAAAUUUCCAGGUUCACAUCUUUCCCACCCGCGACCGUGCCCGCUACGGCGGCGGAUUCCUUCUCCGCUCUUCCUCAUCCACCCGAUUCGCCGCCGCUUCUGCCGCCUGCGGCCGGAUUCUCAGCCUCUCGGAGGAGGACGGGUCUCCCAUUCCUUCCGUUGGAUUCCACCGCAGCGCCCGAAUGGAGGUGGAGACGUACUCGAAGGAGCUCGACGUGGCGGUGAGGGUGGUGCAGAUGGCGUGCUCGCUCUGCCAGAGGGUGCAGAACGAGCUGGUGGGGUGGAAGCGGGAUGAGAUCAAGUCCAAGGACGACGAUUCCCCGGUUACCAUCGCAGAUUGGGGCGUUCAAGCAACUGUCAGUUGGGUCCUUUCGCAGUGCUUUGGCAUUGAAAACGUAUCAAUUGUUGCAGAAGAAGAUGUUCAAACCUUGUCCAAAAAGGAUAACACAGCCUUGCUAGAAUCUGUUGUCGGUACCGUGAAUGUGUGCCUGGCUGAAGCUCCCACAUUUGGCCUGAAAGGCCCUGAAAGGGCACUUGGAACUAAGGAAGUUCUGGAAGCUAUAAGCAGAUGUAACUCUAAUGGAGGCCCCAAGGGAAGGUUUUGGGUCCUUGAUCCUGUGGAUGGGACACUGGGCUUUGUGCGUGGAGAUCAGUAUGCUGUUGCUCUUGCUUUGAUGGAGGAUGGAGAAGUUAUCCUUGGUGUUCUUGGUUGCCCUAAUUAUCCAAUGAAUAAAGCAUGGCUCAACUAUCACCAACAUUAUUACAGGCUCAUGUCAAAGUUGUCCCCUCCCACAUCUGGAUGCUGGCAUAAAGGUUGUGUAAUGUAUGCUCAAAAAGGUAGUGGUGAAGCUUGGAUGCAACCACUGAUUCAUGACUAUGGUAAAUUUGAUUGGCAAAACUGUGCACGAAAAAUUCAAGUAUCCUCUGUCAGUGAUCCUGCUUUUGCAACAUUCUGUGAACCUGUUGAGAAGACCAACUCAAGCCACUCCUUCACUGCUGGAUUGGCACACAGUGUUGGCGUCAGAAAGCAGCCAUUGCGUGUGUACAGCAUGGUGAAGUAUGCUGCCAUAGCCCGAGGGGAUGCUGAGAUUUUUAUGAAGUUUGCUAGAGCUGGAUACAAAGAAAAGAUAUGGGACCAUGCUGCUGGGGUUGUGAUCAUUCAGGAAGCUGGAGGAGUGGUGACAGAUGCUGGAGGCCGCCCAUUGGACUUCUCUAGAGGUAUAUAUUUGGAAGGCCUUGAUCGAGGCAUAAUUGCAUGCUCUGGAGCAUUACUGCAUGAGAAGAUCAUCAAGGCAGUUGACGCAAGCUGGGACUCAUCCAACCUUUGAAGCUUGCCUAUAAUGUUGUCUUGAAUGGAAUAAAUGAUGCCAGUCACAUUUGUAAGGAUUACUUUGGCUCUCUAGAUCCUUUCAGUUUACAGUCUGCAGUCCAACAUUUUAUCGACCGAUGCCUUUCUGACAACAAAUUUGCAGGAGCUCCUGAAACACUAUAGGGAAAUAUUAAUGGAGUGGUUUCUUUUUUCCUUAACGUGGAGGUUACUGGUUCUGGUUUCAUCUCCAGUAUGGCCAUACUAUAAAUAAAACCUAGAAUGGUUAUUUUGGUACAGAACAUUAUACAGGAAAUAGAUAGAAAGUAUGCUGGUGAAUGUGAAUGGUGUAGCCACCCAAUAUUUAGUUCGAGAGGCUAGCCUGCUUGAUGUAUUGCUCUCCUUUGAGCACUUUAUUUCCUUGUAAAGUCAUUAAUUUCUCAGUUAAGGGUAUUUAAUAUUUUGAGCA